AUGUUGAACUUGAACAAAAUUUUGAAAGAUGACCCUCCUACUGUUAAAGAGGGUGAGGAAGAUGAAGUUACCGCUUUCACUACUGUUGAAGCUUGGAAACACUUUGAUUUCUUGUGCCGAAACUACAUCCUGAAUGGAUUAUCGGAUGCACUUUACAAAGUGUAUAGUGUUAAGAAAAUAACUAAGGGCUUAUGGACAUCAUUGGACCAUAAAUACAAAGCCGAAGAUGUUGGAGCUAAAAAUUUUUUAGUUGCUAAAUUCUUGAAUUUUGUAAUGAUUGAUUCUAAAUUAGUUGUGAAUCAAGUGCACGAACUUCAACUGAUCAUUCACGUAAUUCUUGCUGAAGGGAUGAUGAUAAGUGAAUCCUUCCAAGUGGAAGCCAUUAUUGAGAAGUUGCCUCUUGCUUGGAAUGACUUCAAGAAUUACCUAAAGUACAAAAGAAAGGAAAUGUCAGUGGAAGAUUUAAUUGUCAGACUUCGGAUUCAAGAAGACAAUAGAGGUACGAAAAAAAGGCUCAGCAAAGCAGCAAAUAGCAAUAGUGCUAGGGCAAACAUCGUAGAAGUCAAUAAAGAUUUCAAGGAGGGAAAACAACCUGAAAAUGGGUCUAAACUGGGACCAAAAGGUGGCAUUUCCAAGAAGCAAAAAUUUCAAGGAAAAUGCUUCAAUUGCAACAAGAUGGGGUACAAGUCAUCCAGCUGUAGGAUACCAAAAAAAGUUAGAGCUAACAAGGCCAAUACUGUAGAAGAAAUUUUCAAGGAAGUGUCCGAUAUGGGCUUAUAUGCCUAA